AUGAACCCCUACAUCACAGCCCUUCUCAUCUUUGGGCUAGUUUUAGGCACUAGCAUUACUGCCUCCAGCUCACACUGACUUCUAGCCUGAAUAGGCUUAGAAAUUAACACCCUAGCCAUCAUCCCCCUAAUAGCCCAAAACCACCACCCCCGAGCAAUUGAAGCAACUACUAAGUAUUUUCUCACCCAGGCAACAGCCGCAGCUACCCUAUUAUUUGCAAGCAUUACCAAUGCCUGGCUUACAGGCCAGUGAGACAUCACACUAAUAACUCACCCUGUCCCCACAACUAUGAUUACCCUUGCCUUAGCCCUUAAACUUGGCUUAGCCCCUCUUCACACCUGAUUACCAGAAGUCCUCCAAGGACUCACCCUGACCACAGGCCUAAUUCUAUCAACCUGACAAAAACUGGCCCCAUUUGCCCUUCUCCUCCAAAUACCCUGUCCUAACCAAGAACUUCUAAUCAUCCUAGGCCUAACAUCCACAUUAAUUGGAGGGUGAGGAGGACUUAACCAAACACAACUACGAAAAAUUCUAGCUUACUCUUCAAUUGCCCACCUUGGCUGAAUACUCCUUAUUAUUCAAUUCGCCCCCUCCCUCACCCUUCUUGCCCUCCUAACAUAUUUAGUCAUAACAACUGCAGCAUUCUUAACUUUAAAAAAUAAUAAAGCAACAAACAUCAAUGCCUUGUCAACAUCGUGGGCCAAAGCCCCCCUACUUACAGCUGCCACCCCCCUAGUUCUCCUUUCACUAGGAGGCCUUCCCCCAAUAACAGGCUUCCUACCAAAAUGACUUAUUUUACAAGAACUGACAAAACAACAACUCCCUACAACAGCUGUAAUUGCAGCUAUAACUGCCCUAUUAAGCCUUUACUUCUACCUACGCCUCUGCUAUGCAAUAACCUUAACAAUACCCCCAAACAACACAGCCGGGACAAGCCUAUGACGACUACCCCCCAAUCAACCCUCCCUCCUCCUAGCCCUUUCCACCCCUGCAACAAUCCUUCUUCUACCCCUAUCCCCUGCAAUUAUAGCCCUUAUAAACCUCUAA